CCUACUAACUUAAAUUCCAUCAGUUGGCAAACAGCCCUUAAAAAUUUUGUUGAUCUGCCGAUUCCUGUUUUUAGCUCGCCGAAUCCACAUUCAUUCAUGUACAGCGUUACAGUUCUUCGCUUGGAAAACCCUUGACUUCGCUGGCACAUAGCUUAGCAGUUUGAAAUACCGUUCUGCAGAUUGCAUCUUAUUCCAAUAUCCUCCUUCAAACCGUUAUGGAGAACGCCUACGCUAGAUCUGUUAUUGAGGUUUUGGAUGCUUUCGGCGUGGAUCCAACCAAGGGUCUCACUGAUCUUCAGGUUGCCGAGAAUUCUAGAAUAUAUGGCAAGAACGUACUUCCUCAAGAAGAAAGUACCCCCUUUUGGAAAUUAAUUCUUAAGCAGUUUGAUGACUUGCUUGUUAGAAUAUUGAUUGCAGCUGCCAUCAUAUCAUUUGUUUUGGCUUUGAUUAAUGGCGAAACAGGCCUAUCAGCUUUUCUGGAACCUUCUGUUAUAUUCAUGAUUUUAGCAGCAAAUGCUGCAGUAGGAGUUAUAACAGAAACAAAUGCUGAAAAAGCUCUUGAGGAGUUGAGAGCCUAUCAAGCUGAUGUUGCAACUGUGCUGCGAAAUGGCUGCUUUUCAAUUUUAUCUGCCACAGAACUUGUACCUGGAGAUAUUGUUGAAGUUGGAGUGGGCUGCAAGGUACCUGCUGAUAUGAGAAUGAUUGAAAUGCUUAGUAAUCAGUUGCGUGUUGAUCAAGCGAUUCUCACUGGUGAGAGCUGUUCAGUGGCAAAGAACCUUGAAUCUACUUCGGCCACAAAUGCUGUCUAUCAAGAUAAAACAAACAUACUCUUCUCUGGUACUGUGGUGGUGGCUGGUAGGGCAAGAGCUGUUGUUGUUGGUGUAGGCUCUAACACUGCAAUGGGCAGUAUACGCGAUGCAAUGUUACGAACAGAAGAUGAAGUUACACCUUUAAAGAAAAAGCUUGAUGAGUUUGGGAAAUUCCUGGCUAAGGUCAUCGCAGGGAUCUGUGUGCUAGUUUGGGUUGUAAAUAUUGGUCAUUUCCAGGAUCCUUCUCAUGGUGGCUUUAUAAGAGGUGCCAUCCAUUAUUUCAAGGUUGCAGUGGCUCUUGCAGUUGCAGCAAUUCCUGAAGGGCUUCCAGCUGUUGUUACUACGUGCCUGGCUCUUGGAACUAAAAGAAUGGCACGUUUACAUGCAAUUGUGAGAUCUCUACCUUCUGUGGAGACCUUAGGGUGCACAACUAUUAUUUGUAGUGACAAGACUGGUACCCUAACAACAAACAUGAUGUCCGUGUCAAAAAUUUGUGUUGUCGGAUCUGUGCAUCGCAGUCCUAUUACUCAUGAGUACACUGUUAGUGGGACGACUUUUGCACCAGAGGGUCUGAUUUUUGAUGCUGCCGGGAUGCAGCUCGAGUUCACUGCACAGUAUCCAUGCCUACUUCAUAUAGCCAUGUGCUCAGCUCUUUGCAACGAGUCCAUUCUGCAAUAUAAUCCGGAUAAGAGGAGCUAUGAAAAGAUCGGUGAGUCAACUGAAGUUGCUCUCCGGGUACUAGUCGAAAAGGUUGGCCUACCUGGCUUUGAUUCUAUGCCUUCAGCUCUGAAUAUGUUGAGUAAACAUGAGCGAGCUUCUUACUGCAACCAUUAUUGGGAGCACCAGUUCAAAAAGAUCUCCGUUUUGGAGUUUUCUCGGGACCGAAAAAUGAUGAGCGUUCUCUGUUCAAGGAAGCAACAGGAGAUUAUGUUUUCUAAAGGUGCUCCAGAAAGUAUAAUUUCAAGAUGCACACAUAUUUUGUGCAAUGAAGAUGGUUCUUCUGUUCCACUUACAAUUGAUAUCCGUAAUGAGUUGGAGGCAAGAUUCCAGAGUUUUGCAGGUAAGGAGACCCUCAGAUGCUUAGCCUUGGCAUUAAAACGCAUGCCAACUGGUCAGCAGAUGCUUAGCUAUGAGGAUGAGGCAAAUCUUACAUUCAUUGGAUUGGUUGGGAUGCUUGAUCCACCACGGGAGGAGGUAAGAAAUGCAAUGCUAUCAUGCAUGCAUGCUGGUAUUCGGGUUAUAGUCGUUACUGGUGAUAACAAGUCUACAGCAGAAUCUCUUUGUCGGCAAAUUGGUGCUUUUGACCACUUGAAUGAUUUUAUUGGAUACUCUUACACAGCUUCUGAAUUUGAAGCUCUUUCUCCCAUACAACGAACAAUAGCACUGCAACGAAUUGUGCUUUUUACCAGGGUCGAACCUUUUCAUAAAAAGAUGCUGGUGGAGGCCUUGCAAAACCAAAAUGAAGUGGUCGCAAUGACUGGAGAUGGUGUCAAUGAUGCUCCUGCAUUAAAGAAAGCAGACAUUGGAAUUGCGAUGGGGUCAGGAACAGCAGUUGCUAAGAGUGCUUCUGAUAUGGUAUUAGCUGAUGACAAUUUUGCUUCGAUUGUUGCUGCUAUUGCAGAGGGAAGGGCUAUAUAUAAUAACACGAAACAAUUCAUUAGAUACAUGAUCUCCUCAAAUAUUGGAGAAGUGGUUUGUAUUUUUGUUGCAGCUGUGCUUGGAACACCCGAUACUCUUUUUCCAGUUCAGCUACUUUGGGUGAAUCUGGUUACUGAUGGGUUACCUGCCACAGCAAUUGGAUUCAAUAAACAAGAUACAAAUGUAAUGAUGGCUAAGCCUCGCAAGGUUAAUGAAGCUGUAGUGAGCGGGUGGUUGUUUUUCCGUUAUUUGGUUAUUGGAGGUUAUGUAGGUCUGGCAACAAUAGCUGGUUUCAUUUGGUGGUUUGUUUAUUACGACGCUGGUCCCAAGUUGCCAUAUAAUGAAUUGGUUAAUUUUGAUACCUGCUCGACAAGAGAGACAUCAUAUCCAUGUAGUAUAUUUGUAAAUCGGCAUCCAUCAACUGUUUCAAUGACUGUGCUUGUUGUUGUAGAGAUGUUCAAUGCCUUGAAUAACCUCAGUGAAAAUCAGUCGCUCCUUGUCAUUCGUCCCUGGAGCAAUCCCUGGCUUGUUUGUUCUAUAGCACUAACUAUGUUUCUUCAUUUACUAAUCUUGUACAUUGAACCUCUAUCCAUCCUUUUCUCUGUAGUUCCAUUAUCAUGGACCGAGUGGAAAGUUGUCCUGUAUCUCUCGUUCCCUGUUCUGAUAAUUGAUGAGCUUUUGAAGUUCUUCUCGAGAAAAUCUAGAGGUAGGAUUUUCAAUUUUAGGUUCAGAAGAGCUGACUUGCUUCCCAAGAGAGAAGAGCAUGACAAAUAAGCUAAAUAGUCCACAAUUUUUAUUUUUUUUCUUUUUGCUUGUUGAGAGAAUUUUUAAAUUUUGCAAAAAAAAACUUUAGCCACAGAAUUCUUGCAACUCCGUGAAAGUGCAGGGGAAAUAUGACCACACAAUUUAUGCUUUUUAGUGUGUGUAGCUGUGUUGAGUUAGUUUAGAGAGAUAAUUGAAAUUGCAUCUUUCAUUCUAUUUGUAAUAUACAUAUCAUUUCUGUAAUGACUUUAAAGCUGAUAAACAAGCUUCGGUCGGGGUAAUAUGAGACUUGUGUUAACAUCUAAUAUA